AUGGCUGAAAACAUGGAGAUGGUCCCUUGCCCAAUUUGUGGCGAACUCUUUCCAGUCACUCAAAUCGAACAACACGCAAACUUUUGUAUUGAUUCUAUUGUCUUUGGUCGACGAGUACCUUCAAAUCCACAACAAUUUCAUGUGCCUCCACCCCAGCACCCUCCUCCAUUCCCAAAUGCUCCCAAGAAAGAGGAAAAGGAAAUGAAAGAAAGUAAAGAAGUUAAUCGACGAGAAAAAAAGACGGAACACACUGAAAUGAAAGAUGAGCCGGAGAUGAAGGACAUCCCACAAUUGCCACCACCUCCUAUGGAUAAAAUAGAACCGAACGAACUUGAAGAGAGCGGUGUGACGGUUGAAAAGGACGAGAACCUUUUUGAAAUAAUUUUUAAUGUGAUGAAUAACAAAGAACACGCGGACAACGAAAAGAGUGAAGAAGUCGAUGUGGCGCAAACAGAAAACUUUACAAAGUUGAAGAAAGCGGUAGACCCACUUGUCUUCAUGGCAACUAAACAAGCAAAACACAACACAGAAAGUCGGAGUAAAGAUAUCGAAAUGGAAUGGAGCGGUGAAUCAAACGUGUUUCCUUUGUUACUCGUGAAGGACAAAAGAUAUUUCGAUACUAUAAUUUACUUCCCACAAGAAGAGGAAAAGGUUAUAACAGCACACUCCUUUGUGUUAGCUGCAAGGUCGCCACUUUUUCAAGUCGAACUUGGGGAAAUGGAAAAGCGUCAAGGAGUGUAUUAUUACGAGGUAGGUGGGUAUACAUAUGAGGAGUUUACUGUGCUCAUACAAUUCAUGUAUGAUUCUGUGGAGCAUUCUGAAUUGGAGAAAAGUCCGCGCCUCAAGCAGUUGGAUAGCAUUUACAGUCCGUCAACUAACACUUUCAUUCAAGACAUUCUCCUCUUGCACAAUAAAAAGUUCUUUGAUGGAUUUUUUGAGUUUUCUGAUGGCUAUUCUGUGGAAAAGGUUGGGUUCAAUCGUGUCUUACUUUACCUCUUUUCAAGGUAUUUUGAAAAGCUUCUCGAGAAGGAACAAAACGAGUUUCUGAUGAAGAAAGUGAGUACAACGGAUACUGAAAACACUCAAGAAAGGGGGAAGGGAAUGCAAGAAAUAAUGCCAACGAGUGACCCGACGCCAUGUGUCGUUGAAGUCAAACUAGAAAAAGGAGAGAUGAGUGCUGCGUGUCAAGGGAUUGGUGAAUUUAUCAAAUACAUUUACUUGAAUGGGACUUAUCGAUUAGACGAGAAUUGUGUAGAUGAGAAUAUGAAUCAGAAAGUUAUUCCGAUGUUGUUAUACUUCUCAUAUGUCUUUGACGAGGAAGAACUCUCUGUCGAGUGUGAAAGAGUGUUGUGUCAGAACUUACUUAUCAACGCAAUGAACUGCAAUUUGGUCUUUUCAUAUGUCAAAAAGUGUAGCGAGCAAUUCAAAAAGUAUCUUGUGAAUAGUUUAGUUGAGUCGAUGUAUUCAAGUCCCUUCCAAUAUGAUGCCGUAAGCAUUUGGAAGGCGGAAAUUGUGAAUUUGGUGUUUGAUUCAGUUAAAGAUAUUAUUCAAUACGACAAAGUGAAACGCGGCAUUCAUUCAAUUGAAGAAGUACCUACAAACGUCACUGAAAUAUUUCUACGAGAUAUCAAUAAAGUAGGGAUUAUAGGAAGUAUCGCUUUUGUGAACAAAACCAGUGAAUUGUGUGAACCAGUGUCUCUUGUCUGUUUGGCCAUUUUCUAUGAUAUCGUCACACGCUCGGAAGUCGACCAAAUGUUACGAGUCGAAGGAUAUCAUGCACUUCUCCCAAUCAUUACAGCUUGUUGGAUUGGAACCAAUUACCAAAGCAAUGUCCAGAAGCACCUCAACGAUUUAAUAGAUAUCAUUUUGAAUCAUCUUUCUAAGAACUUUUUGGCUUUGGCAACAACAAGAAAUCACUCCCAAACGGCACAAGGAUUCUUUGAAAAAGUUUCAAUGCAUUUACAAAGGAAUGUUCAAGCUAAACCCACGUGUAAUGUCUGUAAUGAAAAAUUGGGGUUUUUCACAAAAUGGUGCGAGUUAUGUGGUGCACAGAUAUGUAAAAAGUGUUCGUUGGUGGGAGAAAUCUAUGACACUCGGAGUAAAAGUUUUGUACGAAGAACAGUGUGUUAUCGCUGCCACAGAAUUUGGACGUUUCUGUCUUCUGAAGAAUUUUAUAGGAGUGAAAUUGCAUAG